AUGUGCUUGAAUGCCAAAGUAUUUUCCCUUAUCGUCAUUGCAUGGAUAAUAUACAUUGUAUGCAUCUCUCAUCCACCGGCGAACUCUAAGCCAUCAUUUGUUCCACCGCCGAACCCAUCUUUUGUCCAGCGGCCAAUUCAACACAAGCUACUGAGUUCCACAGGUUCAAUCAGGGCUGCGUUUUGGCCAUUAUGGAAGACGGGAACGCAUCUUCCAUCCACCGUUGACAUCUCAAACUUGACUCACCUCAUCCCCUCCAUCUCCAUCGACCGAUUAAAUAACACCACUUUCACGUCCUUGACCUUUCAAUCGCUGCUCACCCAUACUUCCAGCAUACGCUCCAUUAACCCGAAUUUAAAGAUUUUUCUCUCCACUCGACAAUCAAUUCCUGAUGACCUUGCUGUCUUCAUCAGGUACAUCAAUGAAAUCAUUGAUAAGUACGUGUUCGAUGGCUUUCACUUCGAUUGGAUUUAUCCUGGCCCUUAUGUGAACAUGUCAAAGUUGGCACUAGCCAUUCCUGAAGCCCAUUUUCAUUUCUCUCUCAGCACCCACUGUUUUGCUAACUUUUCCUUCUCCGAACCCCCGAACGACAUAAUCAUCAGGAAGGUAGCCUUUAUAAUGCCCGUGUGCUCUGAUUACGAUGGCGUUACGAAUAAGGCUUCAGCCAUGAACAACACUAAGCUUAGAUCCGGCCUCCGAUCGUGGAUCAACGCCGGGGUGCCACGGGAGAAACUGGUCGUUGCCCUUCCUCCAGACGUCCAAACAUUCUCGGCAAUCCCCAACAAAGUUGAUAACACCGAGGAAGAUGGUUAUUUAGAAGCUUUAGGUGGAUGGAUGCUGUUUUCGAAUAUAUAUACCCCGUCUAAUGCUGAAAAUUUUCCAACACAAGGAGUUCUUCCUAUUCUUAUUAUUGUUCUUGUUCUUCUUUAA